AAUACACUUAACGGUAUACUAUAUAAACGACAACGGUUGGACCGGAAGUACGAACUUUUCUCCGUUUAAAAAAAUGUUUUGUGAUUAUAUUUAGUAAAAAUAUUUGAUAAUACAACGGAUGUUCAAUAACUUACAGCGAUGGCAUUGGACAAACAACGGAUGGUGUAGCGAAUAGGGGCUGUGAAAGGAAGCGUUACGCGUCCCAACAAAGGGCACCCGGGAUACGCGGCAAGUCAACGGCCUUUAAUAACACUCCCCUAAAUAACGGAAUAUUCGAUUUCUUUGUUGUUGGGAUUUAAAAAUUGUUGCUGGGGAAUUUUUGGCCUUGUGUGACACUACACUACAAAAGGUCCCAUGUAUACGAAGGGUUUGUAAUGUCCUGUGAAACGGCACUAAAAAUCUGAACUUAAAAUUCACGUGAGCAUGUGCAGAGAUUUCUAAAUAUUCUCGUCGUUUGUUGUGAAUGAAGUCUACAAGUGCCUGAGUGGGGCUCCCAUCUAACACAUGUCCACAUGGAGUUGUCAUCUGAUACGUCAGCUCCCAGGGUUUCAGCUCCACAGGCAGAUUGCUCGACGAAGGCAAGAGAUUAAAAUUAAGAAGGUCACGUCUCGUGUUGGCUGCAGUGGUUGGAUAUCCGAUGAUAAAGUAGUAAGAGUGAGCUGAUCCCGUUAUAUACGUAGGAAGGCCGUGAGUGGUCAGAGGCUUUCCCUCACAGAUAAUACAAAUAUAUACUCUGGGAUUUACUUGUGGCGGUCAAGUGGUUAGCGCGUGUAUUGUGUGUUGAUUUAUUGUGAAAUUUCUGGUUAGUAUGACGACAUACGAUGUGUCGUAAUAGUUUACCCCGGAUUUUAUAGAUGUCCCAUACCGGAUAAGUCAGACAUGUAUCCGACAACGUUCCUGUGAGGACACCAUCUGUUCUACCAGACAAUUACUAUGGAACCUACAAAGAUGCCAGAAAUCAUUGAGGCUGAUUCCAGUGCUAGUAAUCAUAGACCCAUGGCCAACUGUAAUAAUUUCGAAGAAGUCAACUCCUUACCAAGGAAACCGGACACCCAAUGGGGUGAAAGCACCGCCUCUAAACAACCAAUGGACGAACCGCCUUACUACCGCGAACAACACCGAAACCGCUUCAAUGAUACGUCACGAAGUCUGAGACAUGCGCUCCACUCAGAAAUGGAAAUCAUGGGCAAUGGAGCACGCCCCCUGAGUCGAGGCACGUCUAAAAAAUCCUCGAACCAUUACCAUAACAACCACAGUCAUAGAGGGUACAUGGAGCAACAGAGGCAUCAGAAGAUCCGUCUGAAAAGGGAGCCGACCCGGAACUGUGUUUCCUACCUCACCGGAAUAUUACACUGCUACAACGUAUUCCUUCUGGUUCUAGGAUCCGGUGUCUUAGCUGUCGGAGUAUGGCUGCUUGUGAAGGACUACAACUCUCGCGAGAUUUCCGCGAUUGUGGGAUCUCGUCUUUUCGAGUAUCUAACCUAUGGUCUGACGGCAGGUGGCGGUGCCGUCGCCAUUCUUGCCUUCUGUGGCUGCUGCGGUACAAUGCGUCAGGAUAAAUUUGUCCUCGGAUUUUAUGGUACCGUUCUAACCCUUGUGAUAUUGAUGCUGUUUGCCGGAUUCGCGUUGGGGCUCACGUUCAGAUCGGAGUUAAAAGAAGAUCUUACUGAGCAUUUUAAGUCAUCAAUAAUCAAGCACUAUGGAGUUGACGUGGAACGAAAUUCAUUCAACCGUUUGGUAACAGACGCAUGGGACGCCAUGCAAAGAACGUUACAAUGCUGUGGAGCUGUUGGGGAUGAAGAUUCACUGUUCAGUUGGGCAAUAUAUAAACUCCAUAGCGACUGGUAUGCUGUGGAGAUGCGGGACAAACAAAACAAACCAUACGUCCCGGAAAGCUGCUGUGUGACUGGUAUGUCGAAGUUAGACUGCCAAGGACUGGGGAAGAUAAGACGAGGAUUCCCUGUGAAGGGCCCGGGUCAGAGCUACGUCGAGGAGGCUAACGAUGCCCUCAUGAAAAAGGGGUGUUACGACCGAGCUCUGGAUUACAUAGAAAACAACAGUAUGUACAUAACAAUAGUUGCUGGUGCUGUUCCACUUUUACUGAUCGUGGGAAUGAUAAUAUCGUUCUACCUGUGCUGUAAGGUCAGUAACGAGGACGAGGAUUCUGAGGACGGAGACGAGGUAGAGGUAUAACAUGUGUGGAUGAAAACGCAAAGGAGAAAGAAAAGAAGCACAUUCCGUCCGUUGUGUUUAAAAACCGCUGCGUGUAGGGUGAACUGUGGUUGUGUAACGAACCUAAUUAUCUGCCCUUACUUCUGAUUCACAGAGGUCAACGUCAUCUAAGAUGAUCCCAUCUUGUAAACGGGUUUUAGGAUGUCUACUCUAUGGUCAAACGUACUUCCGGUUUUGUUUGGCAGUCAUUUGAUAAGGUACGAUCACGUGACAAGGUACCAAGAAGAGUGCAGUGUGUCUUCCUAGUCCCAUUGUAGAUAUAGGUUUAAUGAUUUUCUCACCAAAGUGGAAUCACCUCACUUGACACAUAAUGAAGAAGGGACCAGAGUGUUGUAGUGCAUACAGUACACACUCGUUGGCUUAACAUUCCCUAAAUUACACCGAACUAGUUCAAGCUAUGCAUUUAAAAAUAGCAACUGUGGGGAAAUAUUGCGAGCAUGCGCACGAGCAAAUGAGGACCGAUGCUCAGACAAUGUUACUGAUAAUUGCUAUCAAUUGUGCCUCACCACUUGGACAGGUGUGUCACAUGGACAGGUGUAACAUAACGCCUACCUGUCUACUGUGGAUAUCACUGCGUCACAUCGUCACUUCAUUACGUCACAUCUCAUUCAAAUUGUUGAAUGAAAAUGGGAGACAAUUGGGAGGGCCAAUUAUUGAAUAUCCUUUAUAACACCGAGGUUCCUUCACAGUUUUGUACAAAGAUGCCAGCACUAAGUGACGAACGGUGUUUGUGUACUCGAAUACUUGUGAUAUAAUAAUAUGUUCAUACCUACGCAAUCAAACCGGGCUAGUCCUGUUCUAUGUUUCUACAUAUGAGCGACAGUGUACAUGGUGCAGGUAAAUUCAUCAUCCAUUGCUGAAGGUUGAUCAUGAUGUACUCUGGUCACGGAAAUCUGAAACCGAGAGGCCGUCACUAGUUAUCAUCGUUGGGGAAUUAUACAGUGCCGUCUUCAACAUUACAAUGCCAACAAUGAAGUCUUCUGUGGACGAACAUGUCAGGAUUAUCUGCCCUUUAGUGCAAUGGAUAUCACUGAUUAUCUCCCUUCGUUCCAUUUCAAUGUGUAAUUAAAUGCGUGUAAACUUUUAAAAUGUUCAGCUGGAUGAAACGUUCUGAAGAAGGAUACUGUUUAUUAACUUAAGAAAGUACCUGUUGAAUUAGAACAUGCUGAUCCACACAGUCAAAAUGCAUAACAAACCAUUUAGCACCAAGAUACAAUUUCAUAUUUUCAUUAUUAUUUUAAAUAUUGUUUUUACUUCAUAUCAUGUUUUAAUUUUGAAGUAGUUCUAUUAUUUCCAUAACACUACCCAGUAAUAGUGACGGAGAGGUAUUUAUAAGAAGGAAGAUAAUCCAUUAUUUUUUACUUAUGGGGAGGUGAACACUGACUGUGAUAAUAAAAACUUGAAAUUUUUAAAGAUUUGUGGUAAUACCUUAUAGUAGUAAAUCGAAACUGCGUCAAUAACAAAUCAUGUUUAGCAAACAAUAAGGACAAAUUAUAGAAAAGUUGACACGACAUGGGGCCUCAUUAUCAUUUUAUACCAUUGACUUGAUCGACGUAUACUACGCCUAGUUAACACCCAUUGUUGUUAAUGACUACUUUGUUUGUUAUUUCUCUCUGUUAUGCAAUGUACAUUUGUUUUAAUAAUAAUUUUACGUUAUUAACUUGAUAUUAUAAUACCUUCCUUUAUCUAUCAUACAGUUCGUUUACAUACAAGUUACAGUUUUAUGUAAGUACUGACGAAGACACUUGUUUCUCCAUGUGUGAGCGAGAUAUACAGUACUUGUAAUGCUUGUACUUUUAUGUUUUAAGGUGUGGCUUGAGAAAAGAUACACCUUGGUGUGUAUUCGUAUACACUGGGGACAAUUGCACCCUUUGGAUGUCAAACUGGAGGUAUACGGAAAGUCUCGGGUUUUACCAUAAUUUUAAAACUCCAAGGAUGGAGUCUAGCAUCCAACACCGUACACUCACGUUAUUGUGUUAUGUAUUUUUCACUAUUAUAAGAUCUAAGUAUAUAUAUGAGGAUAUACCAUGUGUCUAUCCUGUUUGGAAAUAAAGCCCUAGCUUACAGACAGAGAAUAUCCGUAAUUCACCAAGAUAAGUUAUGAAAAAAAUCGAGAUGUAAAAUUCUUCGCAUAUUUUUUCACAAAAUGUCAUAAAAAUUACAUUUAAAUUUUCAUGAUAUGUUCAGUGAGAAAAUCCAAUUUGGGAAUACGAGUGAUAGUGUGGGUAGGACUAGAAUUUGAGUAUUUUAUUGUAAAAGUCGAUAUACCGUUAAAGGCUAACACUACACACGUCUGUAUCCACGCGGUACACAAGUCCCUACAGACCUUUAACAUAGAUUACACCAUAUACUAUCUUAGACAUGGAUAGAGACCAGUUGUCUUUGAAGAUAUUAUCAAUUAUUGACUAAAACUCACAAUAUAGGUUGUUACUAAUAUUUAUUCUCCACACUCACACGAAUUUUACAAUUGAUAUCCAUCGAUUCAUUACUUUUUAAAAAGUAUAGUCUGAAUAUAUAAAAUCCUCCUACAAGUCCGCCGUUACAUCGGCUAUUAUCACUGGUGUGGUGUAGGUGUACACGAUCAUUUCUUUGUAUCAAGUUUACUCCGCCAACCUUUUUUAUAUUUAGUUGUGGCUUUUUCUGGAAAAGUAAGGAUGGAAGGAAAAAUGAAUAUCAAAUUUGUAAUUUUACUUAUAUUUUAUUUUUUUAAAGUUUAUUUGAUGUCAGCAAAACAUUUCUGUCAUAUUCUUACGAAUUAUUUAAAACUUCUUGGGUUAAACUAUGAAAUCAAGUAAUAUGACAAUCUGAUAAUCAAAAAAAUAAUUGGAAAUGAUUAAAUCCUUCCAUUGUUUAUCGGUAACAAAAUCUAGAUUAAGACAGUUUGUUCAACUAAACAUUACUCGAGGUUGGCCUCAUUUACGUUUACAAUCAAAUCAUUAAUAAUCGUCUCAUGUGUCUUUACGAUAACAAGUAUUACGUUUUUUACUAAUUCACCAUUUCAGUUUUUCUUUUUAUUGUCUCAGCAUUAUUUUUAUUCACUUAAAUGAACAAUCUAACUCUGUUUUUACGAGUUUUUUAUUACUCACUUAUAUCAAAGUCAGUUCUGGUCCCGGAGUGGUUUAUUGCCAUUAUUGUUGUGUAUAUUGACUACUAAAUAGUUUUUUUUUAUCUCCGUUGUUUUAGAAAUAGUCAAAGCUUCUUCGACAUAGUGAAGAUUCACUCUUUGCUAUUUCAUGUUCGACAAAACGAGGAAUUAUUGUAUAUUUCUUUCUAUUCGAGAUAGCAAAAACUGACUACACUACUUUUUGUUCCACAAAACCAAGACUAUCUACCUUGAUAAAAAAAAGUUGUUCGAAUUAAUAAAAGCUGACUGUAUAUACUUUCCUGUUUUAGCAACUCUUCGACAUAACGAAGGCUGACUGUAUAUACUUUCCUGGUUUAGCAACUCUUCGACAUAACGAACGCUGACUGUAUAUACUUUCCUGGUUUAGCAACUCUUCGACAUAAUAAAGGUUGACUAUAGAAAUUAAUUAAUACUUACUUAAUCAGGUCCUGCACACUUUGGUUGUCACGCAAUAGUAUAUAACCUUCCGGUAAUUUUGAAUCGUGCUAUUUAUUCAUUAUCCUAAUGGAAUUUCGAAUAUUUGCAUGUAUACGAAGUAAAUUUUGAGAUUUGUAAGGAAGGAAUCAUUGUGUCGAAAUGUUAAAAUACAAAUUCCUGAUAAGCGUUCAGGAAUCUACCCGCCUCUAUGCCUGAGCAGUCAUGAUACAUCUGCGUGAUGACCUCACGCAACAGCCUGCACGUGCUCCUCAGCCAAGGUCAUGCAAUUCUUCCACCGGAACAACAUAUGUAGAUUCGGUUAUCGUGCAAAACCCUCAUUCUCGGAUAACGAUAGACUAAUAUGGUUUUUUAAAAGCAAACAAUGAAUGGUUCAUUCGGGACUGAUAUCAAACAAACUGAACGUUCUCUUUGAUGGAGAAGCGCAAUGAGAGAGCAGGUGUCGCUUCGACUGUAUCACAUGUACAUUAAAUCUGUUCAGUUACUGUAAGUUUCUGAAUAUUUGUUAACACUUAUUUUCGCAAUUAGUCACGACAUAUUCACCGUGAUGAGUUUAAUUUGUGAAACAAUAACAAUAUUUACAAUAUAAAUGUAUCCUCUGCAACAUAUUCGACUGUCUAAUUAGGUUAAGAACUACCGCAAACACACAUACGUUGGUUGUUAUUGUGCACCUAGAAAACAGUAGCAUUUGAACAUAAUUUAAGCAUGUCAAAAGGUUGUGUACUUUACACGUGACAUAAAAAGUUGUGCAUGUGCAAUUUACGCAUGGCAUACAAAAUCGUGGCUUGGAAAACUUUAUCGCUUGACAUACAAAGUUGUACAUUUUUCGCGUGACAUGCAUAGUUAUGACAAAACAAGUCUUCGGCAUUCUUUUGUGAAUUCGACGCAUACGUAUAUUAUAUAUAGGAUCUACACUUCAUUAAGUUGUGUUGAUCGUUGUAUAAACUAUACUGAUAUUUCCAAUGUUAAACUGUAUAGGUUACUAUGUGAUAGCUGAUAUAUUGAAAUUAAUAAACUGUUUUAUUUUAAUGAAUGAAAUAAUGAUUGAUUCUAAUUAAAUUUAGAUGUCUGAAUGAUAUCAAUAGGAUUUUUACAUUGUUAUCUAUAAAUGCUACUUCAAUGAUUUCAGUAUUUUACAUAAUAAUGGCAUUGUACAAGUGUCUGUCAGAAACAGUCCCAUUAAGUAUUCUAUUUUGAAGGGGAACGUAAAUCCAGUGUAUUUGCUUUAGAAAAGCUCUAACUGAAGUCUGUCUGUGAUCGAUUUGGGUGUUUCAGAAAGCAAAUGUAUUAUUACGAAACAUGGUUUAUAAUAGUUACAGCAUUUUCUGAUUUAUCUGAACGUUGAGAAAUGAAUUAGGAUUUUGGGAAAUUAAAUGUCUUCGUUUUUAAACCAUAUUUAUCGAUUUCGCGAAUAUUAUAUUGUAUAGAGUGUUUGUUUAAAUUUGCAUAAGUUCACAUAAAAUAAAGAACAAAAAUAAUAGGUCAUGCUAGUCAUAAAAUGAAAUAAGAAGGGAAGCUCGUGUUCGACAAGAGAUGACUGGAAGUGACGUUGUGAAAAGAUUGGAGCAAAUGCUAAAAUUUGUCACCCGUGUUCAGAAGAGAGUGAGAGAGAGAGAUGGAAAGAGAGACAAAGGUAGAAUGAGAUAGAAUGAGUUAAGUGUGUGACGUCAUCCAAAAACAAUCUAUCAUUGAAUGUUUGCGUGUGAGAAGAGAUAAUUUACGGAGUCUUAAUCAUACCAUGCAGGUUGCGUUGCGACCAGCAGAAACUUAAUUCUCUCGUGGGACCAAUUACUGUCAUGAUGUUACACAUGCGCACUUUACAAUUUGUAUCAUUUAUCAUCCCAUUAUCUUCUCAUCAUAAACACUAGAUAUACAGGUUUUUAUAGCAUGGUCGUUCGCCUACAACCAAUUCUGAUUUUGACAUUUUCUCGCCUAUGAGAUUUUAUAUACAACUUGUUGCAAUGUUUUAUUAUGUCAUGUUUUAUAUUGGGUUAUAAUUAAUAUCUUUUAAAAACAUACGUCAUUUUAUAUACAUGGUCUUGUUAUAACGUCACUCGCAAGGUUAUAAUAUAUGCUGAUUGUAAAUAUUGUAUAAAGUACAUGAAAUUAACUCAAAUUAUUUUAUUUAAUAAAACCAAUAUCUGGUACGAGUA